UGACGCCGCCCCUUCCACGCGCCUCUGCUGCUCCUGCUCCCUUGCUGCUGUUGACUGCCGCACCCACUCUUAGGGCUGUCCCUGCUGCUGGUGCUGCUCUUCCUACAACUGCUGUUCCCGUUGCUCCUCAUACUGCAAGUGCUGUACUGGUGCUGCUCCUGGUGGUCCUGCUCCCACUUCUACAGCAGUGCUGUAUUAUUGGAUGGUGGGUGUGAGGGCGGACGGUGUACGGGGCGGCCCAAGAAAGUGAUGGAGCCCGCACAGUACGAGAUUCCUUUGGUUGUGUGGCCUCCUCGCCGACGCCCAUGGCAACGCCUGUACCUCACGCCCACCCAUUCUUCAGCCGCCCACGCCAAAACCCACGGCAACCCCCACAACCACGCCCAUGAGGAAGAACGGGCGAGAGACAGCCUGGAGUGGACCUUGAGGGCUGAGUACGACCACGAGAAGGACCUAUUUAGGGACAAGCCAGCUACCCUACGUCGUUCAGGGCGAGACGGGAGACUGUGUCAGGAGGAUUUGACAAGGAGGACGGUGCUAAGAGAGGUGAGGGAGGCGCUGCAAGAGGGCGGGGAGUGGCAGGAGGAGAGCGGGAAGAGGCUGGAGGGAGAGACCACACACCGUUCCUCCAGCACCAACAACAGUCAGACUCACACCAACAACAACGGUUCAAGCGUGGUGGGUGUGAGGCCUCGGGUGGUGCGAGUGAGGACACGGGAUUCCUUGGUCACCUCGCUGCUGUACACACCUCGCCCUACACAUACCCUCACGAUGCCAAAGGCUGCCCCGGGCUACGCCAGGAACCCGAACGGUGCCUUCUUCACCUCGUAGCCCCACCCUCAUCACUAGUAACGGGCGCCUGAAUCUGUCUCAGACGCCAGUAACAGUGUUGUUAUUAUUAUGUUUUUAAAACUUCAACAUCUUGAAGCAUAAAAAAUUCACUGAAAGCAGUGCCUUGUUCGUUCAUGUUAGGAAUAAUAAUCACCCCAUUGCUUGGGAAAAAAGCUUAGAAGUA